AAUCCACAGGUCGUGGACGGCGUAUUUAUACGCGAGGUCGGCCACAGGUAGAGCGCCAUCCACUACAUAUCGUGCCACCAGCCUCCUAGAAUGGCUGCGAACGUGCCGCAAUUCACGUUGAACAACGGCAUCGAGAUGCCCGGAGUCGGCAAAGGAUGCUGGCUUGGGAUCGAGGGAGACCGUACGACUACGAGGGCGAUGUGCCUGAACGCGCUCAAAGUCGGAUAUCGUCACCUGGAUACUGUAAGCGGCUGUUCAUGUAACGAGAGCUCUGUCGGUGAAGCCAUCCGAGAGUCCGGCAUCCCCCGCAGCGAAGUCUUCAUGACCACAAAGCUUGGACAUUACCACAACGUCCGCCAGUCAUUCGAACACUCGUUGGAGGCGCUUGGCAUCGGGUACAUUGACCUCUACCUCAUGCAUUGGCCGCAAACAAACGAGCACAAGACCGAGCCGUGGAACCCGGGCCGGGCGCUAUCUUUCGGCGAGCACCCCAACUUUGUCGACGCCUGGAGGGCGAUGGAGGCGCUCCUCGCCACCGGCAAAGUGCGCGCGAUCGGCGUCUCGAACUUUUCGAUCCAGAACCUCGACGUCCUGCUCCGGCACGCGUCCGUCGUCCCGGCGUGCAACCAGGUCGAGGCGCACCCGUGUCUCCCGCACGCCGCGCUCAAGGCGUACUGCGAGGCGCGGAGGAUCCUGUUGACGGCCUACGCCCCGCUAGGCCAGGGCAACCCGCUGUACUUCAGUGACCCCGACGUCGCGCGGAUCGCCGCCCGCCACGGCGCCACGCCCGCGCAGGUCGCGCUCAGCUGGCUCGUGCAGCGCGGCACGCCACCCGUCGUGAAGAGCGCGAACGUCGAGCGGAUGCAGGCGAACAUCAGCCUCGUGCCGCUCGCGCCCGAGGAGAUGCGCGCGGUCGACGGCGUGCACGCGAAGCCGGGGAUGCACAGGUCGCUGCUCGACUACCAUGCCCCCGACGGGACGGUGUUCGGGUGGACGUACGAGCAGCUCGGGUGGGCGUUCGAGGUCGGAGGCGUGGUCAAGGCUUGAGUAGAUGGCGGGGCUGCGCUAAAUGCGUGUCGGAAGCGGACGCGCCUCGCUUGUGUUUUGCUGUAUAGAGAAGAUAUCUACUCGGGAUAUGCCAUCAGCAUUUGUCGUCAUCCUCUCCUC